AUGAGCCCACCAAGGAUGGGCGUCGAACAACAAACUGUCUCGCGGACUUUCUCCACUCUCGAGCGUCAUGCAAAGUCGAUAUCUGACGAUGAGGUGGAUCAGCACAAACCCAGGCUGAGGGGAUGGACACUGCAUAUUGUCUUGGCUUUCUGCGCUGGCGCUGGCUUCACUCUCUUUGGAUAUGAUCAGGGGGUGAUGUCUGCCUUGAUCACGGCCAAUCAAUUCGAUGCGAUCUUCCCUCAGACUGUAUCUCCGAUCAAUGAUCCAACGGGUCAAGCAGCUACACUGCAAUCACUCAUGCUGGCUAUCUACGAAAUUGGCUGUCUUAUCGGUGCCCUAUCUAACCUCUGGAUCGGCGACAAACUUGGUCGACGCAAGACGAUUGUUCUGGGUGGAUGUAUCAUGAUCAUCGGUGCGACACUGCAAGCGACUGCGUUUUCUUACCCGCACAUGCUGGUUGGAAGGAUUGUCACUGGCAUGGGUAAUGGGUUGAAUACUUCGACUGUGCCAUCCUAUCACGCUGAAUGUGCGUCGCCAGAGCGACGUGGUCCGCUGAUUAUGGUUGAAGGCAGUCUCAUCAUAUUCGGGCUUAUGAUAUCCUAUGUCAGUACAAUUGGGAAGUGGGUAGACUUUGCGUGCUAUUGGGCGACCGGUUCGCAAGCACAAUGGAGAGUUCCGAUUGCAUUGCAGAUCGUUAUUGCUAUGAUGAUGAUGUGCGGUAUCCCAUUUCUUCCGGAGUCUCCACGGUGGCUCGUGAAACACGGUCGCAACGCCGAAGCACUAGCUGUCAUCUCGGCCCUGGAAGACACAGAUCGGCACAACCCACGCGUCGUACAGACCUAUGCCGGCAUCUGCGAAGCAGUCGAAGCCGAGUUGGAGGGGUCGAGCAAGGAGAAGCUUAGUCGGCUUUUCCAGGGCGGACCAACCCAGAAUUUCAGGCGUACAAUGCUCGGAAUUGUGAACCAAUGCUUCCAACAGAUUACGGGGUGCAACUUAGUCAUGUACGGUCAUCGUCGUUGCGUUGAACUUAGGCUAAAGGAAGGAUUUCACAGAUAUUAUGCGACGUUACUUUUCCAGCGCCUUGGAUUGAGCGACGUAAACUCUCGUAUUGUUGCGGCGUGCAGCGGGACGGAGUACUGGCUGGCGUCGCUGAUUCCCAUCUUCAUCAUUGAGAGAGUUGGUCGUCGCCGCCUCAUGCUUCUCGGCGCAAUCGGAAUGGGGACCGCUAUGGUCUUGCUGGCAAUAUUAGGCAGCAUCAACACCCCCGCUGCCCAGAUUGCGUCGACUGUGUUGUUGUUCGUGUACAAUUCUUUUUUUGCGAUCGGAUGGCUCGGCAUGACUUGGCUCUAUCCCGCCGAAAUCGUCGGCAUAUCUAUUCGAGCACCGGCAAAUGCGCUUAGUACGGCCAGUAACUGGACAUUCAACUUCAUGGUGGUGAUGGUUACUGGUCCCUCUUUCGCUAACAUCCAAUGGAGAACGUAUAUCGUCUUCGCGGCGCUAAACGCAUUGAUUGUCCCAUGCGUGUACUUCUUCUUCCCCGAGACCGCGGGCCGUUCUCUCGAGGAUAUGGACAUCAUCUUUGCGGUCGCGUACGCCGAGGGAGUGUCUCCGGUACAAGUUUCAUUCAGAAAGGACCUGCCUGUGGCGGGAUCCCCCGAGGCGGACGAGGUGUUAGGCUUGAAGAAGCGAGGGGAGAGCCCGGACGUCAGGGAGGAUCGGGAGAAGGACCGAUAA